GGACUUCUGUUCCCAAUCGCGUUUCCCGAGACCGGAUAUGGCGCGAAGCCAUCCGAAUCACAUGAUAAGGCGCGUCUCGUCGAUAUCUUGGCGUCUUUAAACCCCUGCUGUAUUCGGGGGAGCGCGUCGCGGGACGGACUUGGUUUCCCAAUUCCAAACCCUCACCCACGCUGCCGUUGUUUGUUGUUUUUGUCUUUUUCUCAGUAGCAAUCAUGGAUUACUGGACACACAAGGGGAGACCUAUACUUCUUGCCGCUCUUGAAGCAGCCUGCGACUCAGUCGAGGAAAACCUCGCUGUUGAAAUUCAACAAAGAUAUGAGAAAAGUCAUGAAUCACUCCUGAAAGAGGUCGGUCGACUACAAGCGGCUGCGGAAAGAGUAGACUCGCUAGAAAAAGAGAACCAGUCCCUUGUCCGGGAACUCGGCCAGCUCCGAAGCAGACAAGAGACUUUACCACCUCCAGCAGCACGCCCUGCGCUUGCAAAGAUCUCGGCCAACACCAAACUCGGCUCGUUGGCUGCAGACCCUUCAAAAUGCGGCCCCGAGAAAGCGACAGAUUGGGAAAAGGAGUUCUCAAAGCUCGCCGUGCGACACGCGACUCUCGAACGACGGCAAGAGGAGAUACAUCGAUCGGCGAGGAGGUUCCGGGCAGAGCGAGAUAGCUGGACAGAAUACGCCCAGUCGUUGGAGGUCAAGAUCGAAAAACUGGAGAAAAAGGUCCAGCGCAACAAAAACGCGGAUGAUCGCGUCCCUCCCUCCAGCAGUGCUAAGCCUCGGCCUACUUCAGUCAACCAACUAGGCCCCUCUUCCGAUCGGAUAGUUGUUGAUUCGAGCACCGUAUCUGAGCCAGAUCAAGCGAUCAACCCCAAACCACGCGGAGAUCCUACCCGAGAGUCCAUGGGGGUUGAAGAAGUAACGCCAACGCCAGCAACACUUGUGCCAGGAUCUCCACACUCGACCGGCGAAGAGACGCAGGAUGGAAGCGAUGGAGUGGAAGAGAUGCUGCGUCUACCGCAGGGCGCACCUACGGGGUCUGCGGUUAGGAUCAAGGAAGAACCAUCCUCGGAUGCCCCGGUCAUUGUCUCCGAGAGAACAAUACGCAAACGGAAACACACGGAUGACGACGUGGGUAUGCCGGCUCCUCCCCGCAGGAUUAAGAGCGAGCAGAGCACUAGCUCGGAACCCGUCAUCACAGGCGAAGCUCCCAUCUUUUGUCCGCAUGAGAGCAUUGACCUCGACGAAGAUGAGCGUGGGAUGCCGACACCAAGGAAGCAGCAACAAUGGGAAAAUCGGCAUGCCCUUCGAGAAGAUAAAGACGUUGCCCCUCCAGAGCAGCGCCUCGGCGGAGCACGCUCGACCGAGGAACAACCCCACGGCCUAGGUUUGCACCUUGAUCGGCCGACUGCAGCAGCUUUAUCUCCGCAUAGGCCAUCGAGAGCACACAAAGACCGCGAACCGCCUAUUAGAACAGGGUGGACGUUGGAUUCGGGGAUUGCAGAUGUCGCUGAGGAGACGUUCGAGUCGUUCUACUCUCUCAAACCGCGGCAGGCUGAAAAAGGGCCGACGCAUCAGACACCGUUGCAAGGCCGCCUGCACUCGCUUUUGAACGACAACUCACCGAAGAAGUCCGGUGUUUUCCUCUCUCCAGCCCGCCUUCGCCAUGGCAGCGCGAGUCCUCGUCUCGACAAGGAAAACGUUGAGAAUAGGACAGCACAAGAGACCGAAGAAAGUAGCGACGCUCUUGUUAAGCCACCCCCGAUAGUUAGCGCUUCCACAGUCACUCCUCUUCGGAAGCAUGGCCAGGACAAAGGCAAACUUCCUAAACCUGGCCGACUGCGGGACCGGCCGCUGGCGGGGCUACGACCGGAAGAUUUCAAGGUCAACCCAAGGUCCAACAACGGGUACAACCAUGCCUUCGACGAGGUUGUGCGCAACAGGGAGGAGCGGGCGGAACUCUCCGGGUGCACCGACCCCAACUGCUGCGGCAGACAAUUUCGAGCGAUGGCGGAAUCGGAGCUUAGCGCUGGCGGGCCGGGGGUCCUCUCACGGGUGGCCGACAUCAAAAUGAUGGAGAAUUACCUGGGCACUGAAGCCGAUCAGCUCGUCGAGAUGACCCGCGGGGAGCGACAAGAGACCUGGCUCAAGGCCAGGAUCCAGGAUCUGGCUAAUCGGUUGGGGAGGCACAGGCAUAGGUUUGCCAGGCGGCCGUCGCCACCAGGGUAUUGGAACCCGGAUUUUCCCAGCACGCAGGAGAUCGAAAAGAACAAGGAGGAAGCGGAAAGGGCCGAGAGAGAACUUGUCGAACAGAGAUGGCGUGAGGCGAUGCGGGGAGGGAGGUGGUUGUUCAGAGACGAGUAGGGUGUUAGCGGUCGAGUUCAGCAGCAGAAGGACCGGCUUCCGUGG